AUGGUUAUUGACACCUCAAAUAGUAAAGCCGUAUCGGAAACGGCCAGGUCACCCAGAGCCGCAAAAGUGGACGAAUCAAAGGAUCUUGAAUCUCCGAGCAGCACUUCAUCCUCGACACAACAAACAACUGGAGGUCCUCAAAAGGUCGGUACCUACAUAAUCGAGAGGACUAUUGGGAAAGGCAACUUUUCGUUUGUUAAGCUUGCUCGUCAUACAGUAACCAAUGUCAAGGUUGCCAUAAAGAUUAUUGACAAAACUAAAUUAAAUGAGGAGAAUUUGAAAAAGGCUCAACGCGAAGCGGAUAUACUCAAAACCCUUCACCACCCAAAUAUUAUCAAAUUGUACCAAGUUAUGGAAUCGGAGAAACUUUUGUGUAUAGUCACUGAAUACCUCCCUAAUGGUGAACUUUAUGAGUACAUAGCAAAGAAUGGUUACUUGAAUGAGCAGGUGGCACGACACAAAUUCAUGGAGAUCCUCUCGGCGGUGGAGCAUUGCCACCUCAACAGUGUCGUCCACAGGGACUUGAAGGCAGAAAACAUGCUCUUGGAUCAGCACAUGUCCAUUAAAUUGGCUGACUUCGGAUUCGGGACCUUCCAGCCCAGUGGACCCGAUCUUCUGCUGACUACGUGGUGUGGCAGUCCCCCCUACGCCGCACCGGAGAUCUUCAAGGGUGAGCCCUAUCUUGGUGUAUCGGCAGAUAUUUGGAGCCUCGGUGUGAUCCUUUACGUCCUUGUCUGCGGUGUGUUGCCCUUUAAUGCUCAAGAGGUCUCGUGCCUCCGACGCCAAGUCCUUGAGGAACCCGUCAGGGUACCCUACUGGCUUUCGAUGUCUUGUGAAGACUUGUUGAAACGGAUGCUAGCCAAAUCGCCGAGCAAGCGGCCUUCCAUAGCCGAGAUUUACAACUCCAAGUGGCUCUCAGAAAUCAUUGACCCUGGCUUGGUGCCCUUCCCCCUCGCUCUAGAUGAGCCCGAUUCGGCGGCGGGUCGUGAGCACCUCUCCGCCUCACUGGGCUCGACCUCCGCUUUCACCGCCACCGCCGCCUCCUACCUGUCCGAUCGGUUGCGCUCCUCUUUUGUCUCGCCCCCAUCUCCCACACUGGCAGCGGAGAUGAAGGUGGACGUGUAUCUUUACCUGGUAAAAGCCAUCACUACACUUACCCUUACUGUCAGUUUCCACGUUAGGGGCAUGCAACCCAUUUUAAUUGUAACUAACCCUGGUACCGGUGAUUCUAUUGACAAUGCUUUCCUCCUGAUUUGGGCGGGGAAACUCGACCAAACAGUAAUUCAAAUCAUGGAGAACUCAGGCAUCGAUCGUAGCCAGCUCCUCGAAUCUCUGGGACGUUGUGCCUACGAUCACCUAACCGCCACCUAUCUGCUUCUGGGCGAAUCACUUCGCACUAAUCGGCAUAGUUUGCCGCAGACCCUUGCCCCACGCACCGAAGAGAUUGAGGUGCUACGUCAGGCACGCAAUCGGCAGCCACAACAGCAUCAUCAUCACCACCAUCACCACUACCACUACAAUCACCACCAACAGCGGCCACACGCUCGUUCCUCCUGUCCUUCAGGUGGAGUUGCCGUGGAACUGCUCCUUCAACAACACCUCCCCACGUGGUACCAGCACGAGGUGUCGGAGCGUCGGGGACUCUAUUUCGGUGUGAAGGACUCGCCUUCCAUCUCCAUUGCUACUACGGCUGCCGCUAAUGCCGGUGGUGCUGCUGUCGACCCUGGCAGUGGCAACAGCAGUGCAAGUGGUGGAAAUCCCACUGGUAACACUUUUAUGAGCCCCGGCAGUGGCGGUGGCGGCGGCGAUAGUGCUGGUAAUGGUGGUGGUGUGAGUGAAGUCUCCAUCUUUCCCUCUUCCCAUCCCCAUCAGGGCUUCCUCUUCGGACCGACUCUGCCCCGUGUGGCUGAGUUUGCAGGGCCCAGUGGUGGUGCUGCAGUCGGUGUCGGUCUCCGACGCACCGACGCUUCGCCCUCACCACCUGCCUCGCCGAUUAAUCUGAGCAGUCGCAAUGCUGAGGGUGACUGCUUUGAAUCCGAUUGGUUUCCUUACCAAUCGGAGGGUGUGGCCUCCUCGCCUGCGCCUAUCUUCUCUUUCGGGGGUGAACUAACUCCUAGGCAAAGUAGUCGCUCGAUAUUCGGAGCCCCCUCCUAUACAGUGAAUCCCCUCCGCACUGCAAACGCAGUAUUCUCCUUCUCCGCUAAUCCAUCGGAGUCAGUUGAGGUGUGUACGACGGCCCUCCAACACGCCAACGUCUCGAAUCCCUUCGGUGGGCACCAGACUGCUGCACACGAGACCGAUCUCGCCUAUCCUCUGCCCCCUCCGACCAUGCCUCCAACCUCAGGCGACGCCAAUCCUCACUCUCACCAUCAACAGCGUCGGUACAGUGCUACUGGUGCAACUACCCGCCUCCUCCAUCUUCCCCCACCCCUUCUACAGUGCGCUUGUGAGUCUCAGCACCUAUACGAGAAGUCUGUCAACGAUGAACACACCAGUGGUCUAGGCAGCUCCAUCGAGGCUGACUCACAUCACUCCAGCUUCUCCCAGCCCACUGCUGUUGCUCCUUGCCUUGCUGCCACACAUUUUACCCCCAUGGAGACGAGUUUCAAUGAGGACGGAGGCAUCGACAUCCCUGCUCGUGCGUCUCGUAAACAUAUUUCCGCACACUCUCCACUCCAAUCGUCCUCCGCCUCGUCGUCUGCGGCGGCAGCUGCUGCCGCUGCAGCGGCGGCGGCGGCGGCUGCGGCACUGGUGAUUGGAUGUCCACGUCGCAAGUUCGGUGUGAGUGAGCGUCCACCGGCACUGGCGGAGCAACUGAGCCGGUUUCAGGGUUUUGCGCAGUUCGGCCAGUUGCAUCAACUGGCAGCUAAGAGUGUGGGCGAUCAACAACCACCGGCUCAGCCCUACAACGGCAUGGACUUUUGA